UUAUUUUAUUUCUUAGUUAUUUUUUCGUAUGACCUCAAUAUUAAAUCAAAAAUCAAAAAUAAAUAUCAAAGGCUAGGUGGAGUAACUCCGGAGCGGUUUAUGCGAAAUCUAAGUUUAAUUGCUCAUAGAUAUAUUAUAUCAUACUAUUUUUCUAUAAAGAACAUAGAUUUUUGUAUAAUAUAUUAAUCAGUUUUCAGAAGUCUUAUAGCGUUAUCAAGUUCGUUGGUAUUAUUGACAAAAGCCAAAAGGUAUAUAAAUGAGCAUAGAUUGUUUACUGUUCACUCACGCAAAGCCGAGGCGGUGACUUGUACGUGGAGAGCACAGCUAUUUUAUUUACACACCGUCACACACACUAACAAUCACUUACUACGCACACAUUUACAACACACCCAUACAAUAUGAAAAUUGGAUACUUUGAACUCCAUAAAAAUUUCAAUCCCCUUAUUUAUUUGGCGAGAUAUUUGGAACAAUAACAAGAAUAGUAGGUAAACAAUCAAUAAUGUCGAUUUAUGAUAACAGCAUAAUACAUGGAAGUACAAACUAAUAAACUGUUGUGAAUGCAAAUAUACACCCAUUUAAAAAAAUAAAUUGUCAUUUAUUAAAUAGUCAUUUCCAUGCGAGGUCAGUUAUCCAAGACGACUAAAAGUUGUAGUUGGUGAAUGUUUGUGCAAUUAUUAUUUAAAUAUAUAACUUUGUUAACUUUUCACUUUUAUAGUUAUUUUCUGUAUUUAAUGCAUAAUGUACGUAUAUUAAAAUAUAUUAUGUGAAAUGUGGUCCCUAAGUAUCUAUAAAUGCAUUACAAAUUAAAAUGAUUAUAUUCAAGCUAUUAUAAAAUACACUUUUCUUUACUUUUCUAGUAAAAAAUAACUUGUAUAUUCUACACAUAGUCACAUCAUAAACCAGGUACCAUAAAAAAUAGUUUGUUAAGUAGUUAAGUUUGUUAGUUUGAAAAUGUUAUUUCAAAAUAAUAACAUACGAGAAAAAAACAGUAAAUUGAGUUUUAAAUAAACUCUUUACUGGUUUGUAGGUAACGAUUGUUUGCCGUUUGCACCUAUACAUUUAUUAAACGUGUUCGUCCGGGAUGGCGGUUGACUUGGUGUUGUGGAAGUUAUAUUAAGUCAAUAAAGCAAAAUAAUAAAUGGCAGGACACAUACUUAUAACUUAGAAGAUUAACUAUGAACUACUAACUAUAACUACUUAGAAGAAACUAUAAAUAUUAAUCAAAUUGUGUAAAGUACGUAUAAUCGCGAAUUAAUCAAAAGUUGCGUUAAAAAACAAAAAAAAUUAUGAAUAAAUUGUUUAUCGCAUAUACCCUACAAGUUUGUAAAUAAUUUAACAAUAAAAUAAUUUGUCAUGAAAAAAACACCCAAAUGCAAUAUAGCCUGAGAACUGCGGUCAAACGCCGUUGUGGGGGUCAGUUGGAAUCCGCGAUCGGUAGACGGUAAUGUUGUGUUUAUAAAAACGGAAGUCGUUGUCGUGGCGUCUUGAGGUGGUGGCAGCUGCGAUGUUGUUGGUGGUUUUGAUUUAAUGGUUGUUGUUGUGGUGGUGGUAAUGGUGGGGGUGACAACGUCGUUCAUGCCAGCAACUCUGUUGAGUUCCGUUUGAAGCGCUACUGACCAUCACGACGGCUUAUCGUCGUCCGUCUUCGAAGACAGGAUUGAGAACGACCGGUUCGCUUCGAUCUGAUCAGUUUGCAGUUGGUUCUUUCCGCACGAGGUCGUCGUCGUUGUACGUUAGUUAUUAUAGCAACUUGAUUAAUGUUUCGCGCGUUGUUUUUUUUUUAAAUAUCAUUAUUGGUGAGUUUUUUGAUAUUGUAAUUUUUUUACAGUUUUUUUUUAAAUUCUGCUUACUGUUCCGCCGUACAACAGGUGUUACCGAACCGGCAUUGGGACAUCACCGAAUCGACAUUGUUCCCACUUUCCACGUGACAGGGGCCGGUGUGUCGGUUGUCGUCUAACUACAUAUGUUGUAGCCACUAUCCGGCUGCCCCGGAUACCUUUAGACUGUUGCCAACAUAGUAAGUAUGGAUCAGCUACAACCAUUUAAUAAGAAAAUAAAAUAUGUUAAGGACCUAGAGGGAUACCGGGAAUAUGUUCAAAAAUCAAUAUUUGUUAAGGAUUUACCUAUAAACGAUUUCCGCUUCAAUCUCGGCUACCCCACUGAAUUGAAUGAGCCAGUAAUGUGUAAGGGAACCCCUGAAAAUGGGCUUAGUUCAAAAGCUGAUGUACCGGAUAAAGUCAUCUUUAAAGUGUUGAUGUCUUACUCUGAAGCUUUUCAUCUGAGCUACACAUCCCAUCCACUUCAAAAUAUUAUUCUGAAACCAGGAAAUUAUUUGGAAGGUCCAAAACCUGGCAUUUCAGAGAAAAUGCAUAAUUACAGUCUGCCUCUAGACGAUUACAGUAUUUAUGAUAUUUAUAUACCUGAAGUCAAAACGCUCAAUGACAUUAAUACCGUGAAAAUAAUUAAUUGGUUAUGGGUCAAUCAGCGUCAUAACUAUGACGCCUGGAUGAAGAUCAUAUCUGCGAUGGUCCUAGCUAGAUGCCGAACGCCAGAAGGUGAAGUAGAACAUGACUUAAUCAAAAAAUGUGUUUCAACAAGGAUGAUAGUGAAUGCAUUGAUCGGACACCGAGGUCUAUGUCAUGGGUCACGUGAUCUUAAAGUUCCUAAACUUGAGAUCAACCAAAGUUCAGGAUUAUACAGUAGCCUACCUGGAUGGGCAUUGCAUUUUGAUACGGAUGACAACAGUUCAUUUCACUUGAGUUCGCCCGACAAUAGUGACUUCGACACGGACAGCGCCGACAGCGGGCCCAUUGGCGUAGCAUGCAAUCGCCCCCGUAUAACGGGUUUUACAUCUUUUACUGAGACGUCCAUUGAAUCCUCUGAUGAAACCUCGGGUGAAAUUCCGGAUAAGACCUCGGAUGAAACCUUGAAGAAAGCAAAAACUAGUAGACUGGACGUUUAUAUCGAUGGCCACAGCGGGGACUACUGGGAUCGACGUAUGCGUAAACGGUUCGAUUUGUACAUCCGAACAUCGCUCAAUGAACGGCGCAAUCGUGGAGCCAUUCGCAACGCUAGACGCAAGGUUCGUCUCCAAUAUAACAAACAACGUCGAUUGAUGGAACCGGCCUUCAACGCGGAAGCAAAGCGCGCUGAAGCGUUGGCUGCUGAGCGUGUGCGUGCCGAGAUCAGAAACCGAGAAGCCAAACAACGAGUCAAUAAUAAUCCCAGACCAAGGGAAAAAACUAUUGAACAUUAUUUGCAUCAGUAUAAGGAGUUUAAUCACAAAUUAAGAUCACAGUUGGAAUGUUCGUGGACCCGAUAUUACGGAAAAAACUUCAUUCCUAGUUAUUUUGAUAACUUGGAACGCCAAAAUGACGUAUCGUUGAAAUGUUUUGUAUCACCAGUUCCGUAUAUUGAACAAAAAGAAAUAAAUAAUGGAUUUGCUUCGGUUUACAUGGCCUUAUUUCAAAUGAGAUUGAUCGAAGUGAUUGCGGGAGAGGAAUCCUAUUUUCACCGCUCCAAGUCAAGAGAGUUGUUGAAAAUGUUUCCAAACGGAGCUGAAUACUUGCACCGUGAAAGUUGCAGGAUCAUUACGGCUGGGGUCCGCACUUUAUAUGAGUGUUACCAUGUAGAAGUACAGAAGCUAAUAACCGAAUUAAGACAUCGCAGGAUGACAAACUGGGGCGAAAUAUUUAGUGGCCUCCAUUUGCAGUAUGUAGCCAACUAUACUAACGAACCAAAGUCACGAUAUAAUAUUCGUUUGGUGAAACGUGAUUUUUUGGCCAACUACAAAAAUGAUUUAAGUCCUGAUUCACUAGAAGUAGAAAAAUGUGCAAGUUAUAACUCAAUGUCCAUAGUGCAGCGUCUAGUACGAGGUCAUUUAAUCGCUGUUUGUUACGACGCCGAUGAAAACAAGAGACCAACGAACAACGGCGGUCGGACCGCGCAUUGGACCUUGCUGUGUGGCGUCAUUAUUGGAUUUCCGUCAAAGCAGCCUACCAAACAUCCACCCAAGAAGCCAUUGCCGGUGGUGAAGUCUGAGAGGCCGCAUAAGGACAAGGAGUUGGCGUACGUGUACCACUACGAGCCCGAGGACCACUUAUUGACGCCAAAGGGAUAUAUCUCCCGGGAGACGGGCGAGCCGGUGAAUAUGGAAACGAUAAAGGAGCGAGCCGCACUCGUUGACGAGGCACCAAAAUACAACUGCGACAAGCAUAGCCAAAGCUGCAAAGAAGGACGUCAGAAGUGCCAAAAGUGCACUAUCGAGUACGUGGACAAGAAACUUGACCUUGAACGGGACGGGGACAGAGUGUGGGUGGUGGCCCGGCAUCGCAAUGAGUACGUGGUGUGGACACUCAGGGAACUUGCCAACAGUAACAGACAGCUGCGCACGCCUGGCAAGGAAAUACUGGACACCGUCCCUCGACAUGUGAAGGAUGAUUGGUUAUUGCAUGAUCAAAUCAAUGGCUUACCGUUGCUGAGUGCAUCGCUGAAGUCGACCUCUAUCACUUUAGGGCAACGGAAUCGCGAACGAUUGAACGUGUUAAAGCGCAAAAACCGCGUUUUGUGCUCCAUGUUGGUCGACCAGAUGGAUUCGUUGAGACGCGAGUACCCGUAUUCCCUCCCCUGCGAGUUGGUCCACUUGCUGGACAUGUCCGUGGUCUCAGAUGAUUGGGCAGAUGAGUGGAAGGCCGCUGUAGUGGUCGCUUACGAGACUCGCUUUAAAUUCCCGCGGACUGAACCGAUGCCGCCGGAAAUGCCAAUGACAGAGAAACCCACACAUCAAACUCCGGUAGCGCCGCCCCCAUUGCCGAUACCCACAUCUCCGACACCAGUGACACCACCCAUGAAUAUUUCAGAGUCACCCAACACAAAUCGUCCGUACCUUAUUCAUGGUGGCCCUAAUCUCAACUUUACCUUAACUGGGCAGUACGUGUGCUUUGAGCCGUUGGAGCCACGGUAUAAAAAUAACGGAAUGGACACUGUUCCCGAUGUCAACGAUUUAAAUGACACCAUGCUAAUGCCAAUUGAUUUCUACUUUUCGUUUGAUGGCAAGUUGGCAAGUAAGAUUCGAAGAGGUCAGCGGUCGAGGAUGGCUGCCUCUAAAAAUCAUGCCUCAACAUCAAGCAUGUUUACUGGAUAAGCUUUCCAGUUUCCAGUUGUGGCCGUCGACGGUUGGUGGAAGGUUUAGGCAGCGUAGAAAAUGAGGCGAGCCUGCCUACUUUCUCCCGCAAAACCAAAUAGCGCGCCAGUCUAUCCGCCCCCGUCCCCACCGUCACCGCCACCGUCGUCAACUACAAGUACCACCGCCACAGCUGCUAUCAGUGUCACGGGAGCAUACACCCAAACAACUACCACCCACAACCCAAAACUGUUGCGAUCCAGCAUGCCACUGUAGCGCAAUGUUAUACAGAUAUCGUCAUUACCUCCGUCACGCAAUUCCAAUCUCAAUAUCAAUCGCG